CUUAUUUAUUUUUGAAAAGUGAACGCAUUCGGAAUCUAAAACUGUUUUGUUGAAUCAGUGAAAAAGUGGGUUUUAUUUUCUAAUUCAUUGAAAUUUAAUUAGCGAAUUAAAGUUUUAAUGGCGUCGUUUUCGGAAAUUGAAAAUUCGGAAGAAAACGUUGCAAGUCGUUUCUGCAUGGUUACGGGCGCAACUCUAGAAGAGGCAACCCAUUUCCUCGAUGCAUGUGGAAAUAACCUGGAAGCGGCCGUUGGAAUGUACCUGGAUGGCGGUCAACCGGCACCCAGAACUUUUUCCAACGGUGGCAACUAUGCUCGACCGCCCAUUCACAGCAACCACAACGACGACUCGGAAAAUGUCAAUGGCAAUAACAGAAGCAGCUUGAAUGGAGAUGAUGAGGUGAGGGCUCCGAUUCCAGCAAGGAGCGAGACUUUGGUUGACGAGGAGGACAAUAUAGCAUAUUUAUCAGCUUCUCGAAUGGACAGAAGACGACUGGCCUCAUCAGUUUUUGACCCGAUGAGAAAUUUUUCCGAGGAGUCACUCAUUGAAAUGUUUGAAGGGCACCACGUGGAAGAACCCGCCCAUCCGACGAUACCUGAAUCACAAGAGAACUGGGAUGCCAUACCGGGACCAUCGUCUUACCAGAACAGGAGGCAGACACUCGACGAACUCUUCAGACCUCCUCUUGAUCUCAUCUUCAAGGGAACAUUCACUGCUGCAAAAGAGCGAGGAGUGAGUGAGAACAAGUGGCUGCUGGUGAACGUGCACAACGUCAGGGAGUUUCCGUGCCAGGUGCUCAACAGAGAUGUUUGGAGUUCGGUCGAUGUGAAGGACAUUGUUAAGAACAACUUCAUCUUCUGGCAGGUGUAUUCUGAUGGCUUGGAGGGCAUGAAGUACAUGCAGUUCUACAGGGUCCUCGACUGGCCUUACCUCGCAUUCCUUGACCCUAGGACAGGGGAGUUGCUCUUCCAAUGCAACCAGGUCGAUGCCUCUACGUUCAUUAGUCAUGCGAACGAGUUCCUAGAGAUCCACAACCACCCAUGCGACGAUUCACCACCAGCCAAGAAGAGCAAAAAGAGUGACAGCCUAAUCGACGCCAGCGAGGACAGCCAGAUGAGGGCAGCCAUUGAAGCGUCCAUACGAUACAACAAAUCGACGACGAUGACACCUACUCCUACCAGACCUGCCAAACGACACGUCGUUGAGUUCGAUUCCGACAGCAGUGACGACGAUGAAGAUAGUGAUGAAGACGGCUACAUAGAUUCAGAGCCGGCGAGCAACAAACCUGCUAACAGGCAAUCCUUAUCCACUUCUUCAAUCUCGUCACCAACGCAAGCUACCUCAUUCUCCGCAUCGUCUCCGCUGUCCCCUUCGACCAGUUCUGCCUCUGCACCGAAGGACAUUCCGUGGAAUGCAUGCUGCCAGCAGGAGCCAGACGUCGAUGUGGCGGCCACAGCUGAACAGAUUUCACAUCAACAGUUCCUGGGAUUGCCUAGUGAUCCGGUCAGCUCCUUGAUAGUGAGGCUCCCAGAUGGCGAUCGCAAACAAAUCAAAUGGCCGUGCACAUCCAAGAUACAGGCCUUGCUGUCCUACAUAUCCGAACACGGCUACAACAUUGAGGAUCACGAAAUCGUCACCAACUUCCCGAAACGAGUCGUUGAUGUGUCCGACCCCCGUCAGCGAACUCUCAAGGAAGCCGGUCUCUUUCCUAUGGAAACUGUUUUUGUACAGGAGAAAUAAUGAUGGGGACAGUGUGUGUGUAUGUGUGUGUGUGUGUUGUGUGCAAUGGGUGACUUAAACAGCUGUCGUAUUAGGAAGGAUUUGUUUUUCUGUAAAUGUCUAGUGAUUCUGACUUUUUCCGUGUUCAGUCCAGAGUAGGAAAUUGUCGGCAGACGGUGUAACAUCUAUCAAAAACAUUGCGCGUUUCAGAUGUUUCUACCUAACGCUGAGUUCUGUCUAUUGUCUGUCUAUUGUCGCAUCGUAUUGUAGGCUAUUUAUUAUUCAUUUCACAGGUACAUGUAUGUAAGCUGUUGUACAUUGGUUUCGUGCCGUUCUUCCGUUACGUGUGUAUGUAGCGUGUGUUGAUUUGUCAUCGUUUGUAAUAAAUGUAAAUUAUUUUUGAUUAUUAUAUUUGCGAACCGAAUUUAUUUAAUAAAUAUUGAAUGCUCUGUGUAUAUUGUCUAUUGCGAGCGUCUUUAUACACUCGUUCUACAAUAGCACGUUCAUCGUUCCUUAACAACUUUUUCCACCACAUUCACACCGUUUUGAUUUUAAUUUUAUAAAAAUAAUAAAAUCUAUUUUUCUGUUAA